CGACAUGACCAAAACGACGGUGAAAGCGUUCGUGGUUGGGUCCACAAGUGUGGUUGUGCAAGAGGAACUGGGUCGGGUGGACGACAGUGGCGCGGGGCUCGGCAUCGGAUGGUACGUGUGGCCCUCGGCCAUCAAGCUCGCGGCCUUCCUCGACCGCAACCGGCACUUGGUGCAUGCCAAGCGGGUGCUCGAGCUCGGAGCUGGCACAGCGCUGCCAGGUCUACUGGCGGCAAAACUCUCAGCUGCACACGUGACACUGACAGACAAAGACGAGGCGGACUUAUGCAAUGCCAGGGACGCCGUUUUAUUGAACCACAUCCCGCCGUCCAAAGUGACGCUGACGCCACUCGUGUGGGGACAGGACUUUGCGGGUGGCUCCAUCGACGUGAUCUUGGCUGCCGAUUGCUUUUACAACGCCCAUGAUUUUGAAGACAUCCUUGCGACCAUGGCGUACGUGAUCCGUCGCAAUCCGCACUGUGUCGUGUACACGACCUACCAGCUUCGAAGUGCGCACUACACCAUCCAACCCUACUUGGCACGGUGGAAGUUGCACGCCAAGGAGGUGCCAUGUCCAGCCUCGGACGACGACGUCAGUGUCUUUUUGGUGGAAAUACGGGGAUGUUGACUAUCGCAAUCGUUUCAGUCGAGCAGGGGGGCCACGUGGGGGGUUCGGUGGCGAUGGCUCAUCAUGUUUUCGUUUGGUGGUGGUCGGGUGGACUUGGGGAGGCGUGGGGUCGGCGCCCUUCAAUGACACGGCCCUGUUGGAUCGUCAUUACGACCACACAGUCAAGGUACUCGUGGUUUGAUGACGUACUUGAUGUCGGCCGCCAGCAACGCCCCCCCCAGCACAUCCAACUGGCCUUGCUGCUUGAGCUUGAUCGCUUCCUCAAUCAGCCGUCCGAUUCUAGUGCCAAAGCGACGAUAACACCCUUUAGAUUAUAUCCCAUCAUUUACGUACUUGUUGU